ACUUGGCUAGAGUCACAGAGCACAUUACUCUCUAAAAGAGACUCUCCAACAGCUCAGACGCAGUAUCACAUAUAUAUUCACUUCAAAUAGAGAAGCAGGAGGACUGUAAACAAACGGAGGUGGAAAAAAAACAGAGGAUCGAGCACCAAAAUGGAAACAACAUCCUCACUGUUCAAGUCAGUGUCUCGGCGGGUUUGGUCGCCUCCGCAGCGUCCAUUCAGAGUGUGUUCCUGGAACAGAGAGGUCAAAAAAGGCAUCACUGCGGGAACCCUGGAGGAGCUCAAAGAGAGGGCAGGCCAGGCUCUGCUGAUUUCUAAAAUGCUGACCCUGGUGUGUGAGGAGGACGGGACAGAGGUGGACUCAGAUGAGUUCCUCAUAGCUCUGCCGGACAACACUGUUUUCAUGUGUCUGCAACCUGAAGAGAUCUGGAAGCCUCAUCCGUUGCACCAAAGGGGUGGAAACAAACCAGGCGAUAGUAAACCGAGGACAGGAAAAGACAUCGCUCAGAUCACCUUUGACCUCUACCGUACGCAUCCCAAAGACGUGUUUGGCUCGCUGAACGUUAAAGCCACAUACCAGGGGCUUUACUCUGUCAGUGCAGAUUUUCAAUGCUUGGGGCCAAAGAAGUUCCUGAGGGAGGCUCUCAAAAUGAUGUCCACUCUCCUUCACGCUGCUGGUCACUUGCUGAUCUCAUCUGCUGCUGUGAUUCGCCGGAUUAUCCAAGGGGCGGACAUGCUUCAAGCCCAGAAUAACAAACAAAUUAAGUAUUGGGAGUAAUGAGAAAUGUAUCAUUAAGAAAACAUGUAACUGAGAUUAAGAAUGUGUGAAAGAGAUGUUUUUUCUGAGAUGCAAGGAUACAGAUUUAUAUGGUAAUGCUAAAGUUUAAUUUAGCACAAUUGAACAUCAGUUUUGCAUCAUUUAUGGUAUGGAAAUGUUCAAUGGUAUAUGAUGGUGAUAAUUGUUUUUAAAUGAAGUACAAAAAAACAUGUAAUAAUAAAAAAAUACAUUAGGUUUGUUUUGUACUUCAUUAAAAACUCCAUACUAGAGUGUCACGCGAUCCUUCAAAAAUCAUUCUAGUAUGCUGAUUUGGUGCUCAAAAAACUUUUGCUAAACCAAAAAUAUGAUUGUUUUUGUAUUUAAUUGAGUAAUAAAUAUUAGUGUUUUUAGAAACUCC